ACUGGCCGAACCGAUCUGGUGCAAAAAUUGGUUAAAGAAGAGAUAGGUCUUAAUUUGAACGACCGACGACGCCUUUACCUCUACGGAUGCUGGUGUGGGCUACGAGGACAAGGGAUAGUUUUGGACAACAUUGAUUAGUAAGUAAAAUCUCCCAUAAAUUUAAAUGAAUACUAAAUAAAUAAUAAUAAUAAUAAUAAUAAUAAUAAUAAUAAUAAUAAAACAAAUGAUUGUUAAAAGGUAAUGGCAGCAAACACAUUUCUCUGUUGAGUCUGGCUAUAAUGACUGGCUACGGCAGCAACCAGAAAUAUUCUUUGGCAAAAAGGAUUGGAAUGCGGUGCAACUACAAUGUUAAAAAUACAAACUACACUGUAUUUCGCACUGAAUUCUAUAUCUUGUCCUCCCGAACUAUCUAGUAUGAAACACUUGAAAAUUUUCCUUGAUACAACACCGGACAAAACUGUUGAGAUAGUUCCAUCUAUUUACUAACUUUUGCGCAAUACUACGUCUCCUCUAAAACGAAGAAUGAGCAAGUCCCCUCGUCACAUGGUAUUUUGUUUUGGUCUAAAAACCAAAUAUAUAACUGCUAUGCUAUUCUAAACAGCUUUGGAUAUAAGGGAAGGGGGAAAUUAAGCAUUCAUUUGGCGAUGGUUUCCAUUUCUGCCAGGAUGACGGGAAAACAUCGAAUAUUUUUGCAAUGUGUCUAAACAAGGUUUGUCCGAGGCUGUAGAUUUCUCUUUUUUUAGUGUUUCAUAAUUUGUUCCUUCGUUGUCAACUUUUCAACAGCAGGUGCAUGAUAAUCGAGCCUAUUGUCAGCUUAAUUCGGUUUCUUACAUCUAUGGGGAAACUGUAAGGCGGCCAAAGAAUCCAUCAGUCUUUGCUCGAUGAAAGCUGCCACUUGAAGUUAAUGACAGGUUAUGGUGUUACUGAGUCGACUAGUUCUGAUUCAUUAUGAGUAUGAGUAAUAAUAACAGUACGUAGAGGGGAAACGAAGCUUAAUAACUAAAGACAGCUGCGGUUGCUUUAAGUGUUGUAUGACUAUCUGUGGAACUGGAGCUCAGAACGCUUUAGAUAUUUAUUCAUUUAUUUAUUUAUUUCUUUAAAUUUAUCCUCAAGCUCUUACUCUUUGCUCCAUCUGUUUUAAAACAUUCCACCCUUUUGUAGAGGAUUUUCACAUGACGUCACGGCGUCCAUAUUGGUGUCCCAAAACAAUGAAACGGCGUCCAUGUUGGCGUCCCAAAGUCGUCCUGUGGGAGUUGAACUCCUUUGUUAUGCAAACGCUUUCUUUUGUUCCAAUAAAUUUGCAUAGAUGCUGGUCACGUGAGUGAAAACACUCUAUACUUGUGCACAAGCUUAUGUAAACAACUCUUCAAACCGAACUUUUUCAUUCCAUUAACUCGCGGACUAUUCAGCUUUGAAACUUGCCAGAGAAUUAUUCUGGCCACAUUCACGGUUAUUGUGGUGUUGGUAUACUAUCCUCCUCUCUCCUCCGCAGACACUCCCGCUGGGUACCCCAAUAAAAAUAGCAAAUAACCGAAAAAUAGGAAGCGCGCGGGGGACGAUGGGAAGAGAGAACAUCGUGUCUCGCACGCUUUCUUCUUCUUUCGCCCCAGCCUCCCUACAACACAAAGAGGCCUCUGCGGAGGAGAGAGACUAUACUCUGUUUGUGUAAACUUACAAGAUUAACGGGUGAUAAAGACAGAUUGAGUCAAUUUAGGUUUCUAAGAAACUGCCCACCUACCCCUCCCCUAAGCCAUCAUUUUGCCCAAAGUGAGAAGAAAGUGUUAAUGUUAGCUUAGCGGAUGGCUAGGUGGGCAAUUUCCCAAAAAAUCUAAAUUUAUCCGACAGAGUCAGUUUUCUGAAGAAAACAUAAUUCCGGUAUUAGGGUCACCUACACGACCUACACUGGCGAGCCAACUGUUCCUACAUUUCCUUACAAAACGUAAUAAACCGUUUACUAAAGAAACAAAGAGUUGGCUCGAUUACCCUCCUAGCCGAGCCAGCUUUUCUCCAUAUAAACUUUGGCUCACCAUCACCAUCACCAUCACCAUCACUAUCACCAUCACUAUCACCAUCACUAUCAUUAUCGUCAUCAUCGUCACCUUCGUUGUCGUCGUCAUCAUCAUCAUUAGUUGACUUAGUUUCUUUCUCAAGUUUUUCUACUAUUUUUUUUUUAGCUGUUGCAAAGUUCAUGAUUUUUGUGAGAAGGCAUACCUAACAGACAGAGAUAAAUGUGCAACAAGGUUCUCAAACAUCGACUUGGCCUUCCAGUACAACAAAGCCACCAAAAAAUGUAGUAAGUGCAUUUUGUGAUUGAUGUUUCAGUUAUGACAGAUCAGAUGGAAAAAAAGUUGAGGGUGCGUUUCUUUACUAAAAUCCAAGAUCAGAUCAAAAAUCCCGAUCAUUAGGAUUUUUGGUUGAGAAAAGAAAAGAUGUAUUCAAAAAGGGAUUAGUUUUCAAUUAUUUCCAUAGAAACGACCUACAAUAACGACGGUAUCCCGGAGAAAGAAUAGGGAGUUUAAGAUACGGAGACUACGGACUACGAACUACGGCUGGACGAACGUUGUCCUAUGUUUGUAGCAAUGGGUUGAGUCAUGCAAAUAUAGAACGUUAAGAUUGCACUACGGACAGUAGACUACCAGAGAAGAGGCGGAGAGGGAAACAACACGCAAAGAUUUUCUUGUUUUCAUCACAGUUCAGAAAAAUGCAAGUCAGUUUUGCAUGUGAUUUUGUCUUUAGAACAAUGAAGAAAUUCUUCCAUACUUGAAGGAAGCAAUUACGUCGGGUGAAAUUGGUAAACAAAGUUUUUGUUACACAGGUUUUAUUUUUUUUCGCCCAUGAAUACUUAUGUCAAAUAUUAAAGAAGUAGACAGAAAUAGUAAUAGCUCAUUUAUUAAUUAGAUUUGGAAGAUGGACUUCUCCGACUUCUGAUCUGAUGUAGUUUGAAGUAUUGAAAUGCCGAGUUUCGAUUGUCUCGAAGAUGUUUACAUCAUUUUCACUCAGCAAAUGUGAUGCAAAAUCUCGCAUAAACGAAGGUUACACAAGUAGAAAGACACACUAAUCAGUUCGAACAAACAUUGAAACUUUUCAAGUGCGAAGAGAAAGUAAAUUACCUGCAUGAUUUCUGUUCUCCUCGGCCGUCAAUCUGAAUUCUGCGUAUAAACAGCUAUUAAAGCUUAUUCAAAUAUGAGCUUAGCUAGCUAAAAAUCUAGUCACAACGGUGGAUUAAAAGCGCAAAUCUGAGCAGAAAUUAGGAACAAUCUACAUAUUUCGCUUCCCUCUCUCUUAAAGCAGGUGAAUUGAAACCUUUUUUACGAGAAGACGAGAUUCUUGAAUUACCGAGACGGCAAAAUACGACCAAAAUGUUCUCCGUAGUCCCGACUACGCGAAACAGCUCAACAACUCACCGUAGCCGCAGGACUACGAGGGAAAAAUGAACAGUCACGUGGUUUUGAUCAUGCGCAGUAGCAUGUUAUCCGUAGUCGUAGUCCGUAGUCGCCGUAUCUUAAACUCCCUAAUAACACGGCUGUUGACUAAGGUUGCAAGUCUGCUGCUAUUUCACUGUAUUCUGGACGGUUAGCUUUAGGAUACUGCUUUAGAUAGGCCAAAUGAAGACGAUGUAUUCUGGAAAUAAGAUAUGUAUUGGAAAAGUAAAGUCUUGCAAGACGCGAAGGCGAAGUUGUGUAGAAGUUUUUUCCUUGUAACUAGAACAAUGCAGGUCCUGUUUGUAUUGCGAUUUUACCACCCCGAUAAAACGGAUAAAAUCGAUCGUUUAAUUCAUUAUUCCAGUUCAAAAAUGGACGUAAUGAUAAGCAGUCUUGUCAAAAAGCUGUUGUAUGUAUUAAAAUUGUUUCGGGUUACCGCUGGCAAUAUUCACUCUUUUCAGAUCCGUAGUAAAGAAACGUUUCGGAUCUUAUAUCCAAAGUAUCCGGUACUGGAUAUGAUCCAUAAAAUCCCCCUCCGUUGUGGAUCAUUUGGAUCAAUAAUUCGUUUUUGGAUUUAGUAAAGAAACGAAAUAUCCGUAAUCGGAUUAAAAAUCCGGAUUAGGAUUUUAGUUAAGAAAUGCACCAUGGAUUGUUAUAUAGCUGGAUUUUUUUCCUGGCAACGCGCGCUUAUACAUAUACACGCGUAAUCGGAAUCCGAUUUCAAUCAUAAUUAAUUUAUUUAAAGUGAAGGGUGGUUGGCGGAUCAGAUCUCUCUCUGUACUAUAGAAAGGGGAAAAUAAAAAAAACAACAACAAAAUGAAAGAAGUACAGGAUAAAAAAACUAAAAACAAAAUAGGUUUACAGCCACGUAUGCGAAACACACGUCACAUGUGGAUCUUAUAAGCAAGUGAAGGGGGCGCUCCCUUAAUUGGCCUAAACGGGUAUUUGCCGCUGAGCGACAAAACGAUUUUUGGUUCUUAGGGUCUUGAGUCUCAACGAGAGUAUAAAAUUUCGCCAUUCAGUGUAUUGAACAGGAAAGACUUUAAGUGAGUGUAAAGGCUAGAGAUGAGCGGUCUACGUUUGUGGAAUCCACAUUUUUUUUUAAAUUUUUUUCAAAUAAUCUAAUUCUAUGAUGUCACUUUGAAACUGGUGUCAGUUCGAAAGGACCCAGGUUCAUAAAAUAAGGCGUCUUGUGUUAAAGGGGUUACGUUACGAGAAUAUUUCUGUUUUAGGUUAAUUCUGUGCUUAAGUCAUUACUCAGUGCCUUUACCAAUACACAAAAUGCUCAUGUAGUGUUAUGAAGAAGAUAUUAAACAACUUUCAUCAGGGAACACUAACCACAAUAAUAUUUUGGUGAUUUGUGCAGGCAUUGCAAUAAAAUUUGAAAAAGUCGGCCCAAUGUUUUCAAGUUUUAAUCCAUGCCAAUCCUUACCAUCCGUAGAAACAGACGACAGGAAACUAUGGCGUACAUUUGCGGACAAAAAGAAUUGAAAAUAAAAUAUAAUUUGAAGUUCAAAAAUUAGACUAUCCAUGUCGAAAUCUCGUCAUAUGAAUUUGAAAUCGCAAUGAACGCAGUCGAAAUAGCAUCAUUCGAACUUGAAGUUACUUUGAACAAGUUGAAACUAUAGCUAUAAAGGGAAAACUCGACAUCGCGGAUGUUGAAGUUCAAAUCACCAUUCCAACUAAAAUGCAAAUUCAUGAUUUGAACUUCAAUUCACCUUCUCCACUCUAAUAAGCUUCUUAAUUAUCUUCCACAAAAUUCCAAAUGAAAUCUUUAAUUUGAACUUAACGUCACGUCACAUAUUCGAAUUCGAAAAACCAAAAUUUCAAUUCGAAAGGAAGCGGAAGUAAAAAUACACAGGAACCGGAAAUGAUAAGAGUUUCGCUACACUGUACGUAUGGGAUGUUUGCAUAACUGCAUUUUGGCGCGAAAAGAUUUCCCUUCACUCAAACUCUCUGGCGGACAAUGUGAAUGAUAAGGGUGACUCUAGGACAAUCCAAGAGAUUGUGAGGGCUGUAGUGGCAAACUUAAGAGUGGUUUUCUGUAAAAUUCGAACUUCGGCCUGACACGUUACCUGGUCGAUUUGACUGAUUUUUGGCAUGUAGUCUUAGAAUGGCUUCCUAAAUACUUAAUGCAUAUUCUAAGGUUUGAAUUCUCUUUGGUCUCAAAGAUACAGGAAUGACAGUUUUGACGAGGCCUCGAGGGGCCGCCAUGUUGGUGAACUGAAGGAGGUUUACUAUGGUUAAUUCUAGCUUUAUCUGUUCAAAUCAUGCAACUGUAGUUCCGCUCCGUUACAUUUGCCCAAUUAUUUUAUUCAACAAUCUAACUUAUCUACAAACAAAAUAUGUUUAGUGAAAACGGCUUACUCUAAAUCGAUGUGGCAUGGGUGAUAUUGGGCUUCCAAUUUCUACAAAAUUUGUGUACCUUUUAAGUACCGAAAAAGUGCUGUGCGAAGUUAUAGCCGUUCGUAGCUCAGGCUAAACUAUUUUCGGAUAGAAAAAAGGUAAAUUACAGUCAAACUAAGUCAAGCGUACCCCCCAAGAUUCUAUUAAUGAAUUGAUUAUUUGAAAAAUGAAUCCGUUAGUCGUUCCCGUAACUGGUGUCAAAUUCAAAGCGGUGUUUCUGCAUACGUAAUGAGCAGUGAAUAUUUUACGAGAACUUCUCUGUAUUUGGUCAGAUUGGAAAUCUUUGAAUGGAUUAAGCUUCUUAGAAGACAUUUACAUCAAUUUCAGGAAAAUGGAGCUGGUAGAAAUUUCAUAACUGCCCCGCGUGCGAAUUCACGGCUCAUUACACAUGCAAUAAUGCAGAGAUCAAUCUGAAAUCUACAACCAGCAACGGAUUCAACUUUUGAAAAAUAAAUUCAUUAAUUUAUUCUUGGGGGGUACGCUUGACCUGAUUUGACUGUAAAGGAGGAAGGAUAAUUCUUUGCAACUGUAUGAGUCACGAUUACGUUAUUUUAAUGAUGAAGCUAGAAUUAAUUAUAGUAAACCUCCUUCAGUUCACCAACAUGGCGGCCCCUCGAGGCCUCGUUAAAACUGUCAUUCCUGUAUCUUUGAAACCAAAGAGAAUUCAAACCUUAGAAUAUGCAUUCAGUAUUUGGGAAACCAUUCUAAGACUACAUGCCAAAAAUUAGCCAAAUCGACCAGGUAACGUGUCAGGCCGAAGUUCGAAUUUUACAGAAAACCACUCUUAAGUUUGCCACGACAGCCCUCACAAUCUCUUGGAUUGUCCUAGAGUCACCCUUAUCAUUCACAUUGUCCGCCAGAGAGUUUGAGUGAAGGGAAAUCUUUUCGGGCCAAAAUGCAGUUAUGCAAACAUCCCAUACGUAAAGUGUAGCAAAACUCUUAUCGUUUCCGGUUCCUGUGUAUUUUUACUUCCGCUUCCUUUCGAAUUGAAAUUUUGGUUUUUCGAAUUCGAAUAUGUGACGUGACGUUAAGUUCAAAUUAAAGAUUUCAUUUGGAAUUUUGUGGAAGAUAAUGGUUGCAUUGUUGACGAUUAAGAAGCUUAUUAGAGUGGAGAAGGUGAAUUGAAGUUCAAAUCAUGUAAUUUGCAUUUUAGUUGGAAUGGUGAUUUGAACUUCAACAUCCGCGAUGUCGAGUUUUCCCUUUAUAGUUUCAACUUGUUCAAAGUAACUUUAAGUUCGAAUGAUGCUAUUUGGACUGCGUUCAUUGCGAUUUCAAAUUCAUAUGACGAGAUUUCGACAUGGAUAGUCUAAUUUUUGAACUUCACAUUGUAUUUUAUUUCAAUUAUUUUUGUCCGCAAAUGUACGCCAUAGGAAACAGUUUCAGUACCCAAAUGUAGUCUUAGAACAAACCAGGACCUUUUUUAGGGGAAUUAAAUAGAUGCGAAGACAUGUUUUAGCUUUGAAAAAAGAUAGUGACUAGCGUGACAAAGUCUCUUUAAACGGGGUAGCAAAAUAAUGAACAAUAAUUGUCUUAAACUCUGUCUUGAUUUGAAGGGCUCGACGGCGCAUUUCGACCCAAACUUCCUUUAAAUGUCUCACCCCCCCCCGGGGCUCAUAGGUGAUCUUGAUGCUCUUUACAAAACUCUAUGUAAGUCAGUGGUUACCAUAGGUAGUCUCACACGCAUGCGUUUCAUGAGAAGUCAUAUUUCCUCCCCUCUCAUGCACAUUCUGCGUUUGUUAGGAGAAAGGAAAUGGGACUGCUCUGAAAACGUUGAGUGGGAGGGACUCGUAGUUAGAACGUCCGCACUAUUUGAAUCCCACCAGAGACUCAAAAAGGUGGCUUCUUUGUUUCACACUCGGCGAUCAUAACAUAUUUCCCGACAUUUUCUUAGAAUUCAAGAUUUUUAAGCUUAGCAUAAGAAACCAAUUCCACAAAAAAUAUAAUAGAGUACAGAGACAUGCUGCUAAAGGUCUGUAGUCUAAAAGUGGUUAUACUCUAUACUGAGGGUAAAUAGAAUUGUCAUUCGAUGCAAAUUUUUCUUCCUUUUCAUUGGACGAGAGCCCACCACGUGACUUGCAAAAAAGUGCCUAAAAAUAAUGGUCUGCUCAUGCGCAAUGUCGUCCAACUUUGUUUGACUGCAAAUUAUGCGUAAAUGACACCACGCUUUUCUCCUUUUUGCGAUCGCUUGGCAGAUCGCUUCGCUUCCCGAAGAUAUUCCUUUAAAUAAAACUCGGUGAUCGAACGAUAAAACAGCAGGAGCCUAUCUGAAAACAGUUAUUGUACUCGGUUAUCGCAAAAUAUCGUGAUUUGUCAGUGUCUCACGAUGUUUUGCUCAACCCUUGUCCAAUAAUUGUUAAUUACCUAUAACUAACCCGAGCCUACUUAUACUUGCUAUUAUAGCUCCAGUGAGUGGAUAUGGUACAGAUGACAUAGAAAAGGCGAAGUGUGGAUAUGCCACAUGUCUCUGCGAUAUGGAGAUGAUUCGAUGUUUUAAACACUAUAAGGAAGACCUCGACUUGGAUAAGCACCACGGAUGGGAAAUACUUCAAAAGAAAUCAUGUGCUUUCAAAGGUAACAUUUUCUUUAUGAUAAAGGGCUUUUUAUAUUGAUUCAUUCAAAAUACUUUGCCGUUUCUAUUUGGCUUUAAACCCCGGGAUAAUUCUUCAAACCAAGUUGGCGCUAUCCAAAAUUGUGGAAGACGGGAGCAAAAAGGCAAUAUACAAUUAUUACGAUGGUAUAUUGCCCUAAUAUACAAUCGCGUGAAUCUCUUUACCAGACAGCAGUGUGGCGGCGGCCUAGCAUAUUUGGUGUUUAGGUAAGAAAUAAAAGAGAGAUAACAGCUAUCCCAUCACGACAUUGGAGGGAUAACUGACUAAAAUGAACGGAAUAAAAUUAAUGCAAAAACACGCAAACGUUAUUGCUCGAUUGAUGUCAUGGUUGUGCCGACUGAAAACUUUCAGUAGCCUUAAACUUUCACGUGAUCCUAUUCAGACAGGGCUCAUCAUUUCCAGUAUCCAGGCAUUACUGGAUUAAAACAAUGACGUAAUAUGCUUUUACUAUGAUGUCAUAUAUGUAUUUUUAAUUUUUCUUAAUGCUACUGUAAGACAGGAGCCUGUGUAAGAGCACUGAUACUUUGCAUAAUAAUCUAAAUAUAUUAUUAUUAUUAUUAUUAUUAUUAUUAUUUUAUUAACUAAUUAAUUAAUUAAUCUACAUCAACUUCUGCCCUCAAAGGCAAUAACACUUAAACAUAAACAAACCCUUUUUUAAGGAAACAAGCAAAUUUUUAAAACAUGGUUGUCAAAAGUCAGUUGCAAUGGUAAUGACAAUGUUUACGUGCACGUUGCGGCGAAAUUUUUAGGAGAAGUCACUAAAUUUGGUGGUGAUAGCUUAAUCGAUUUUAAAGUUAUUCAACUUUUUCGUGAGUCGGGGGGGAGGAGGGGAGGUCGAAAGCCCCCUUCCUGUGUGAAUAGUGUUAAGGCGUUUUUAUGCUUUUGUUUACAGCACGCAGAGACAUAUGCUUUAAAGAUUCUUGCUACACAUUUGCGCCAAGGGGAAAUACGUGGCCAGAGAACAGAAAAACCUGUCAAGACAAAGGGGGAGACUUGGUCGCUAUGGAAGAAGAAGAAGAGUGGCAGUUCGUUAAUACAGAAAUUCAGAAACGCACCAUUCCGAAACCCAUGGAAUAUCACAUUGGUUUGUUAAAAGAGGAAGGAGUUUGGAAGUGGGUCAAUGGACGACCACUGACAAUUAACAAGUGGCAAAAAAUAGAGCCAAAUUAUCGGCAGCCGUCUGGUGAUGGAGAUGUGGCGGUAAUGUCGAAGGAUUACCCUGAAUUCACGCAAGGAUUGUUUAAUGACCUCCCAGAAGAUAUGAAGAGACCAUUUAUAUGUGAAAUACCAAAAGGUAAUGCACCUAUCAAUGUAAACCCCGUGGGGGGGAGGGGGGGGGGAGUGCGGGCAAGGGGUGGGGAUUUGACAAAUUUUAAAAUUUUUCGAUCAAAUUCCCCAGGGUGGGAAACGAAAGGUCAAUCAAAAGUGUCAAAAAAGCCCCCACCCCAGGGGAAAAAAUCUAAACAAAAAAUGCUAUAAUACUAUAUAAAACGAAUAAAAGAACAUUUCAAACACGUUGUUACUACUUUUAUUUACGGUUAACGGAAGCUCCAUUAAAUUACUCGCUGUAAUUAAGUAUUUUCUCUCUCCACUAGCAUCUCUUAUCUUGAACAACAAAAUCACUCCAGGAAGAUUGGCCGUGCUAUAUAAUAUUAAUAAAACGUAAAAUGCUUUAUAACAUCCGCUCAACAUGUCGAAACAGGUCGGAUCAGUGACCCAUAAAAAAUCCUCUGACUUUCAUGGUGGAAUUCGAUUUCAAUCGAGUUUUACAAUCAGAUGGGAACUUGAAGUUUAGAUGACAGUUUAAAGUAUUAUGGCGAUUAAAACAAAUGAAAACUUCAUACCUUUCUCCAACAACAUGACUUUCAGGAAGCCUCGAGGGACGGACUUGGUAACUGCUUCUGAAUUGAUACCAGGCUUCUGUCGGUCAAAGUCAAAUGUCCCGACCCCGGGGUCGCUUCACACCAUCAAAAGCCCGACAGCGGGGAUAGUCUCAGGCAUCAAAUCCCCUCCCCUUGCCCGCACCCCCCCCCCACGGGAUUUACACUGAUAGGUGCAUAAGAGGAGUGAGCCAAAUUUAUGAGUAAGAAGUUUCUUGAGAAGUUGACCUUCUGUAUCUUAAUCUAAUGUAAUAUUCACAGAUUUCAGAUUUUCUCAAAACAGAAACCUGUGAGGACCCGUCCACACGUAUCCGGAAGUUUUCGGAAACAAAGAUCUUUUCUUUCUUUUAGCCUUCAACCCAAACAUAAACUGCCUUCAGUCAGGCACCAAAAACGCAAGUUUACAAAAACGUUCCUAGAGUGAAAAUUUUUGAAAACGCCACCCUCUCGUCUACGUGUGGACGGACAAAUACAGAGGCUUUCCAACCUCGUUCCCAGGGUCUUCUCGUUUUCAAUAUGGCGGCUACGAGAAGACCCAGAUACAUGUCAUCCAUCAUAUACUUACUACUAGCAUUACACAAUAUUUGGAAGGGAUGCUAUCAUACUUCGUUCCACUGUUUCAGCACGCUACGUGUCGACGCGUACUUUUUUGAAAACGGAGAAAUUAUUUCCAGAAAUAUCCGAUCACAUGUAGAAAUGUCAAAGUUAGACUUACUAAUAAUUUAAAGUGACAGGCCGGACAAUCGAGAUCUAAAAAGCCUUAAUUAAAGUAUAAGAGAUUGCGUGUUUCCUGUUUUACUGUAUAAUGAUUAUUUAUAAUUAUGCUGAUAAUCACAGGAGUUUAUUGCACAAUCAAGGCGGAUGUGGCGGUGUUGGUUCAAGACAGUUUGCUUAUUUCCGAUACGACCAUUCAAAACAUACAAUCCACGGUAAAAAGAUUAUUUUCCACCCUGGAAGCUAAGGAUCCAAGUGCGAUUUACAACUUUGCAUUUGCAAUGUACGCUGUGCGGCGGAAAAUGAGUCCCUUUGGUAGCAAGGAAGACACAGUCACGUACAUGGAUAAAGAAAUCAAACGAGGCAAAUAUGGUCGAGAUCUUGGUGACAAAAACUUGUUGAAUCGUACCCUCAAUAAAAUGAUCACUGAUAGGUUUAUGAGAAGCCCAAAAAAUACAAAAAAGGUAAGUGUCAAUUACGGAUAUUUUUGGCAAAUUGUUUUAGGGGAGUAUAUGACCUGGCCAAUUUGAUUUAUCUUAAAAUUGAUGAAUGAAACUAGAAAUACGUACAUUUGUAUCUCGCAACCCCUCGGGAAACUCGCUAUUGAACACAAGUUAAGCCCUGGCGAUGAUAUCGGUUAGAAACUGGUUGGGUGACAAUCCGCGAAUUAUCCUGUUAUAAAGACUCCUUCUUAUUUCUCUCAUGUAAUCUUAGUUCGUUUUUUGUUUCAAUAUCUUCAAUUCUUAAAUUCCUAUUUGAAAACUUAUGAAUAAAAUAAAUAAUAUGUAACUAGAAGGUAGAAGUGGAAUUUGGAAAUGUUGUUUUUUUAGGAGGGGUAAAAUCGAAGUAACCGGCCCGGGAAAACCCUCUUAGAGCAAGGGAGGGAACCAAUGGUAAACUCAACCCACAUAAGGCGUCAAUAACAGGAUUUGAACCCGAGCCACAUUGGUGCCACCCUGCGCCACCCGGCUCCCCCUGUAAGUAGUAGUUCAAAAGUGAACACUAUUGCGAGGUUUUAAAUUGCAAUGAAACUUACAGAAUGAAGCAAUCAAAAGGCCUCGGCCUGGCGAUAUUAGCUGUGGAAAAUGACUUAUUGACCAUGAAUUAACACCAUUUCUAACUAACAGCAAUAGAAAACAGCAAGAAAAGAAGGUCUAAAAUUGCACGACUACUGAUGUUGAAUGUAACUUCAGCAUAGACGACUCAACUGAAUCGAAAUUUGGCACACAUAACUUAUUCAUUUUAAAGUAGAAAUAGAGGGUCUUUACAUAGCGUCAUCUCAGCCGUAUUGGAGUUCCAAAACAAUGAAACAGCUACCAUGUUGGAGUUCCGAAACAAUCUUGUGGGAGUUGUAAUCUUUUCUUAUGUAAACGCUUUCUUUUGUUCCAAUAAAUUGCAAAGAUACUGGCCGGGUGAGUGAAAACGCUCUAUACUGUGUUGUUAGGUCACGUGACAUAUCCCAGAACAUUUUUUCCGACAAUCUUAAAUGAUUGACAAAUCAACGUUUUUAAGAAUAUACAUCAAGUUAUAACAUUUUUCUCAUUCAUAGGGAAUAUUUCUAACAGUUUACGUUUGGAAUGACUGUUUAUGAAGGCAAACAUCAUUUUAAAUGCCCAAACUUACAAACUUGAAUUAUUCAAAACUUAAAUUCAGUUAAACUUCAAGUCCAGUAUGCCUCUGACAGGAACACCUUAUCUAAUUUAACAAAUUUGGCACAAAUUCGCCAAAUUCCUUCAUUUUAAAUUUUCGGCCACGUGAAAUGUCACGUGACCAGAACUUAAUAUACAACUAUCUCACGAAGGGGGGUGGGGGGAGGGUGAACAGUGGUGGGUAGAUAUAUACCGAGACACAAGGCGUCGAGGUAUAUAUCUAGCGCUGUUCACCGAUCAUGAGGAGAAUAGUUGUUGUACCAACUCAGUUGGAGAAAAAUGACGAAAGGAACUUUUUGUAAAUUAAAAACGUCACUUAGAAGGUAAUUAGUUAGUUGGUAUUUGUUUGUACGACUGCUUCAUUUAUCGCUUAAAUUUCGUGUUUCGAAAAUGUCUCGAAGCGAGACGCCAUCUUGGCUCCUGUCGCAAAACAGUGAAUAGCCAAGGAUAUUCCGAGUUACGGGAGCCAAUCAAAACGUGCGAAAAGUGCUAUUUACUAAUUUGGUAAAUACUAACGAGAGAUAUUGCCAAUCAUAGAUAUUUUCCGCACACACCUUUGACCCAGACCUUAAACUCCUUGAGUUAUUUUAGAUUUGUAGACUAAGACCCUGUUUACAUGGAGUGGGGGACCCCGGUCUAGUGGGGUAGGUUUCUUUUGUUUUGUGUCCCCCAGAGCGUGAAAACAAAAGAAACCAACCCCACUACACCGGGGUCCCCCACUCCAUGUAAACAGGCCCUAAGGCUAGCAAUGUCCCGAAUAACCUUCUUAUGUUCACCUGCCUGCCUCAUUUGCAAAUCAGUUCUUUUUCUUUUUUCACUUUCCGCUUCACAUUCAUAAAUUCUUUAGAUUCUAGUUCUAUUCUCAGACGGGAAUUUAGAGAAUGAAGAUGGGAAGAUUUUGGACACCUUCAAGCUUCGAAAUACAGAAAACCUGUUGAAAGUUACGAACAAGAUCAAAGUCAUUGGGGCUCUUAUUCCCAACAAAGACAAUACACAACGAAUACAGGAGCUAAAAAGUAUCGCCUCUGAACCAGAUGACGCAAUUUAUGCUGAUUUUUGCGCUCCAAACCGUGAAAAAAUUGCAGAUCGUCUCGCGGCUCGAAUUAGACGAUAUUUGGUCUGCAAAGGUAUUUAAUUCAAUUAGAAUUUUAAUACUACUGAAUGAUGUAACUCGCACGAGGAAAAUCUUAAUCUGCUUACCUUUUUUUUGAUUUGUUGUGGCGACGCCAGAACUUUAACUCGCAUGUUUCUGUAAAACAAAUCUGUUUUAAGGAAGCACGUUAAGGUACGUUCGAUUGACCGUAUCCUGGAAAAGGAAGACAUUCUAGAUUUUUCCGGAAUAGUCUUAACUAUCAAUAAAAUGAUUUUAUUAUUAUUAUUAUUACCUUUAUUUUUAGAAUGUUUCAGGGUAGUUUGUUUAUUUGGUAUAACAAAGUCUUGGUUUUUGUUUCACAAGUAUAGCAUCAACCAAACACAUUGUAGAAGGGGAAUCUAUUUUUCUUUUUGUUCUUCAUUUUUUUUUUUUUUUUUUUUUUUUUUUUUGAAGAAGAAGAAGAAGAACUAGAGGAAAAAUUAAGGGAGGAAAUGGUCAGAUAAGUCUGUUCCUCAUUUCCCUCUUUUAAAUUUAUUGUCACCGAGGACCUCCGCCAUAAUGUUCGUGUUAGCUGCGACGCAAGAAAAACGACAUCAUUAUUUCAUUUGUCAUCUUUGAAAUAGUAAGUUCAUUUUAUUCCAGAAUUGGAAUAGCAGGUCAAUCGAACGAAUAUUGCGGUGUUAUUCUAUGUCUUCCAUAUUCUGUUAUAUUCCAGAAUAUGGUCAAUCGAACGCACCCUAAUUUUACUAAAUGGAAAAAAAGAGGGAGAGAGCCGUGGGUGUUCUGUGUAUAACGUCAUUCAAAUGGCCGCCAUCUCGGUCGCCAUUCUGGGUUUUACUCAGAUAAAGGUGACUCGGGCGCAAGCAUUUAGAACUCGUAAAAAAUGACAUUGCAAAAUUGAAAAAAAGGUUGGUUUAUUAAUUUAACCUAGAGUUCAAUUUAAUCUUUCAUUUGAUCUGAGUUUUAGGUAUCUGUAGUUUAACUGGAACUCCCUAAAUUACUUGGAUCUCAUGACACACUCCUGAAAGUAUCUGGUAACUCGAUCGUUGUCCCUAUCUUCGUUCAUCGCGCACUAAUUACUAUGUUCUUUAUAACUUUCAACAGUAACGUACAAAGUCGAAGUUUACACUCCAGAUGAAUACGUAAACAGAGAAUUCACACUGACUGUUAGGAUAAAAGGAAAAGGGGGAGAAAAAACAGAAGAUCAAAAGUUGGUGGCAACAGAAGGCAAACAGGGGUAUGGUAGUCCUAUCUAUUUGUUAACAAGAUACGAACUCGCCCCGGCCCAUGUAAGAUAACCCAAGACAGUCUUGCAUUCUGGAUUUCACGCUGUGGAUUCCGGAUUACAGGAACUUGAUCCCCAUCUUUGGCAGUGGAACUUGUAUUCCGAAUUCUAAUUAUUAGCCAAGUGUGAUUCCGGAUUCCUGAGGUGUAUUCUGGAUUCCAAAGCCCUGGGCCCAGUUGUUCGAAGGCCGAUUAGUGCUUAACCCAGGUUUUUUUCUUUUUCAAAAGCAUUUUUUCGGAUAAUUUUAUUUGUUUUUUUGUUUUUUUUUUCUGAGCAUCCAGUCAUCAACUCGUUGACAAAAAGAAUCAAACUGAAUUUACUUUUUUUACGCUUUUAUAUCUGCAUCCAAAUUUUGCGCUAACCCUGGGUUAUCUUAACCCAGCUUUGAACAACCCGGCCCAGGAUUCCAGAUUCCACAAGCAAAAACUCCAAUUCCCGAAUUCCGGAAUCGUAGUCCCUUACAUGGGUCUGUUAACUUAGGAAACUUUAUCAAAGCGUUAAAACAGUAGGUGGCAUUGCUUGUACCAGAGAGUUUUCACUCAUAUGGCCUGCAUUUACGCAAAUUUAUUGGAACGAAAGAAAGCGUUGACAUAAGAAAAGAGUUCAACUCCCUUUGCUGGAAUCGGUUUAGAACACCAACGUGGGCGCCGUUUCAUUGUUUUGGACGCCGCGACGUCACUUGAAAGCGCUCUAAAUGAAAGACUUCCCCAAGCGGUCUUUACUUUCAUGGGUUUCUUCUCUCGGAAGAGGAUUACUAUUUAGUUGCGGAAAGGCUAAUGUAUUUGAAAUUCACACUGUUUUAGAUUAAUUUGAGUUUUCCUGAUCAUGUGUUUAUUAUCGGUUGUCGAUUGGUUUGUCCUUAGGAACUUGCUCGUGAUAAAAGCCGAGUUCUCCGAUAUUGAUGUGGGCACCAUGGAGACGGUUGAGGUACUACCAGAUAGAAAAAUCCAAGGAAAUCGUGGGUGGACCCUUAAACAGGUACUAUAUGAUAUCAGAUCCCGACUAUCACUGAAAAUACUCAAAUAAGACUUUUUGGAAUCGACAGCCGACGUAAUGCUAACCAUCUGAUUUCGCUUGGCAACGCGUCCUAGUCCUUACCAGUUCUACAAAGAUAACUAGCUUUACAUGUCUCAGUAUUUGGUAGCAGUUAAAUAAACUUGUUCUGGCUAGAGUUCCUUAAAUGUCUUUUCCGUUUUUUCUGAAUUGGGGUCGUUCGGUCGGAUAAAAAAAAAAAUAACGUACCCCAUCGGCAUCAUUGCCGUGGAGAGUGGAAACAACAACACCUGGAGACAAAAUCAAACUGCGUACCCGUCUCUCCGUUAA